AUGAAAAUUUUAAUUAAAAGAAUAGAAAUUUUAAAAAAAAGAUGGAGAAUGUUUUGGAAAUCAUAUUUUAUUAGACAAAUGAUUGUAUUUUUACAAGUUAUGAUUUUAAUUUAUUUAAUUAAUAAAGCAGUUACAAAAUUUCAAAUGUUGGAUAAUAAGACAACGAUUCAAGAAUUUCAUAAUGAUGAAUGUAAAAUCAAUCCAACUACAGGUAAAAUAAAUAAUAGUGAUUGUUUGAAAACAGGUAAUCAAUUCAAAAGAGUAUUAUUUUUUUAUAAUGAUGGUUUAGCUAGAGAUUUAUCCGAUGAAUUAAUAUCAAUGUUUAAACAGAGUUCCAACACAUUUAGAAUUCAAAAUGAAGGAUUUCCAGCAUCAUACGCUGUAUUCUCGUCGUAUGUCACUGGCACACCACCAACCAAUUUCAUGGGAAACCCAAUUCUAUCGGAUAAUCUAAUCUAUCAAUUAACAUCCAAUGGAAUACCAAUGGGUUAUUUCGGCACGAGAAUGCCAGCAUACGACGUAUUGGAGGAGGGUAAAUACUUUGAAAAGGAUCAAGUCAAUAUCGAGUAUUUAAAAGAGGGUUCACAACUCUAUGAAAACCUAUUCAAAUGUGCAAAGAAUUCACCUGAAAAAUGCUCACAACAAUUCCUCGAUCAAAAGAAAGAGAAAGGUCUAAGUAUCUUUUUCUCUGGUGAUAUAGUAGACGAGAGGAAUCAUCACACUGGUGAUAAAUAUGAUAAAACCACAAUAUCAAUUAUAAAUGAAUGGUUUGGAAAUAUGAAAUAUAUUAAACAAUGGGUUGAUGAAAAUCCAGAGUAUCUAUUGGUGAUAUUCUCUGAUCAUGGUGGAAAGUUAACAUCAGAAACCGCCGCACACGGUGCAAACAAUGGUGGCAAUGAGGCAUUUAUGGUGAUUUACAAUCCUACCAUCGACCCCCUCCCAUCCAAUUUACAAGAUAAAUUCAUUGACCAAGUUGACGUUUGCUCAACCAUUUGGCAACAUUUCUCUGGCUCUGGCGUAUCAUUACCUUCGGAAAAUAUUGGUAAAAUUUCACCAACAACCACCGACCCAGAGAGAAUCUAUUACACCUAUAAAUUAAAUGCAAAUCAAUUGAAUCGAUUUGGUAAACGUUGGAAUUAUAAACUUCGAACUUCAGAUUACAACCAAGCCGUUGAAACCAUGAAUAAGGAUAUCAAUCAUUCCAUAGAGUUAUUCAUCCACUAUAUCAAUUCUUUAAAGAUACCAUUUUUAAAUUUAAAAAAGUUUCCAACCACUGAAGUUGUCAUGUUUCCAAUUACAAUUGGUCUAUUAGUUGCAUCUUUACUCUCAAAACAAUAUGGAAGUUUUAAAAAUUUAAGAAUUCAAUUUCGUUUACAAUUCGCUCAUAUCCUAAUACCAUAUUUAAUUAUCACUGGUAUAACUGGUUUAUUUAGUGGAUUUUGGGUACUAUAUUGGCAUGAUAAUAAUGAAUCAAUUCAUAUGUUUGUUGCAUCACUUUUAACAACUUUAGUAAUGCAUUAUGCACCAUCUGCAAUUAAAAUUGAAUAUAAUAAUAAUAAUUUCACUUUAACACCAAAUUUACAAUCAUCACCAUUAUCAAAUUCUUUACAACCUUCACCAUUAUUAUCAUCAUUACAACAAAAUGAUAACAAUAAUAUAAAUAAUAAUAAUAUAAAUAAUAAUAUAAAUAAUAAUAAUAAUAAUAACACUAAUAAUAGCGGUAAUAUUAGUGAUAAUAAUAAUAAUAAUAUAAACAAUAAUAAUAAUAAUAAUUUAAAUGAAAAUGAAAAUAACCAAGUUGAAAUUGGAUUAAAUUCAUCAACAUCAAGUACAACAUCAUCAUCAUUAUCAUCAUCAACAUCAACAAUAAUUAAUAGUAUUUCAAUUAAUAAUUUAUCAUUAUUAGAAAAUUCAAAUUUAAGAAAUAGUGGUAAUGGAAUUGAUACAGAUUUAACAACACCAUUAGCAUUUGAAUAUAAAAUACCAAAUCAAUGGAUUAUAAUUUAUUCAUUUUAUAUAUUUUUUAUGGCAGUAAAUGUUUUCCUUUUAACAAUACCAUUAGAAGAUUUAUUAUUAGUUCAUUUUUAUAAAGGAUCAUCAAUUAUAGCAUUCAUUUAUUUAAUGAUUGAAUUUUAUAUUCAAAUUAAAAGAUUAAGAGCACAUUAUGCAGGUGGUGAAAAAAGUAAUAUUAAACCAAUGAAAGAGUAUUUCUAUUCGGUUUAUUUGAAAUUCUUUAUUUAUACAUUGGUGAUGGUUGCAAUCCACUAUUAUGACAAGGCUUGGAGAAGUCAAAAGUUCAUUCAUACAGAGUUGGCGGUAUUGGUUUAUUUGGUGUUAGGUGUUCAUUCGAUUUGGUUGCUAUUCAGUCCGAGAUAUUAUCAAUCAGAUUUGUUUUUACCAAUUUCAAUGUUACUUUACUUUUUAUCAAAUGAUAAAGAAAGAUUAUAUUUAGUUUUAUUCGUUAUACCACAGUUCUAUUGUAUAAGCAAUGUUUUCUAUUAUAAAUUGUUUAAUGUAUUUCAACCAAUACUUAAACAAUAUAGAAAAGCAUCAUCAACUCAAUAUAAAGAUGAAUAUAAAAUCAAUAGACUUUGUAAAUCAAUUUUCAAUUAUAGUUUAAAAGAUAUAAAUUUCUUUUCAGGUAUAACCGACCAUUUCUUACCCUUCAUAGUUCUAUUAAUGACUUCAAUAGCGUUAUCAUGUUUCAAAUUAAUGGAUAUGAAUUUUCAAAUUGGUGAUGUCGCAAUCUAUGUCCCUGGUGUUUAUGACCCUCCCACUCGUCCAAUUUUCUCUGGUUUUGUAAUGGGUUUCCAUAAAUUAGGCUAUUUCUUUUUAUUAGGUGCAUUUUUAAUUAAAUUAUCAAAUCCAUGUCCACCUGCUUUGGUACCAAAAUAUUGGUUUUCUCAAAAUACUCAUAAUAGUAAUACAAAUAAUGGUGGUGAAAAUAUUGGUGAUGAUCAAGAACGUAGAAGAAAAUCUGGUGGUUUUAUAUUUGGUUAUAAAUCAAAGAGUAAUGCAGAUUUUAAUAGAAUUCAAGAAAGUUUAAAUUCUCAAGUUUGGGGUUUUUUAAUGUUAUUGUUAUUAUGUUCAUUAUUCUUUUUCCAUUUAGGCUAUUAUAAUUUUAUGAUAACAAAAUCUUUUGUUUUCACUGUAACCAUUAGUGUUGUGGUUUUAUUUUAUGGUGUUUCAUUAGUUUGCUCCUCAAUUGGAACUUUAUUCCAAAAUCUUUUCUUUAGAUUUAUUUUAAAAAAAAGAAAUUAUAUUCAUCAUAAUUUACCAAACAUAAUUUCACUUGAUAAUUUCACAAAUUCCAAUAAUAAUAAUAUUCAAUAUAAAAAAAUAAAUUAUAAUUAA